UAUGAAUGCAACAUCGUCGUCGACAGAUCACAACUAUCUACUUCGUAUCUGAUUCGUUCCGCGAUUCACAUCCAUUCUAAAUCUAGUGAACGUGCUCCUGGAAGUAGUGCACAUCUGAUUAUCCCUAUCCUCACUGCAAAGUACGUUACCAUGCCUACCGCUCUAUCUAUCCGCCGGGUCGAAGGCAAGCCAGGCGAGGUUUACUACCCACUCGAGAAGGUCGCUCUGCCAGAACCAAACCCUUCAGACAGCGAAGUUGUCGUGCAACUCACUGCUGCAGCUCUGAAUCAUCGCGACCUCUUCAUCAGGCAGCAUCUCUACCCUGCCAUCAGCUUUGGCACACCGCUUCUUGCCGAUGGGUGCGGCGUGGUCGUCAAAGCCGGUCCUUCCCCUGAAGCACAGGGUUGGCUUCACAAGCGUGUGAUUAUCAAUCCUGGGACGGGGUGGAAGGAUGACCCAGACGGACCGGAAAGUCAAAAGGGUUAUGCUAUUUUAGGAGGCACGAAACUAAACAAUAAAGGUACUCUCGCGGAAUGCAUCACCAUCGAUGCUAGUGAGUUGGAAGAAGUACCUAGUCACCUGAGUGAUGUUGAGGCUGCUGCACUUCCUCUUGCAGGUUUAACUGCAUGGAGGGCCUUUGCGUCCAAAAGUGGAAACGCAGAGGCUGGGCGUAAUAUCCUGGUGACAGGUAUCGGUGGAGGUGUAGCAUUGAUGGUACUCAUGUUCGCGAGCGCCGCUGGUUGCAACGUUUAUGUCAGUAGUGGCGACGAAGCAAAGUUGACCAAGGCCAAAGAUAUUGGUGCUCAAGGGGGUGUGAAUUAUCGUGAAGAUGGCUGGGAGAAGAAGCUCGUUGCGCAGCUGCCUCAACCCCGGAAAUACCUAGACGCAAUCAUUGAUGGUGCUGGUGGCAAUAUAGUCGAGAAGGGCAUGCGUCUAUUGAAGCCAGGUGGUAUCAUCUCCAUGUAUGGCAUGACCACUGGUCCGAAGAUGCCAUGGGUGAUGGGUGCGGUAAUGAGAAAUAUCGAGCUUCGUGGUUCAACGAUGGGGUCGCGCAAGGAGUUCGGCGAUAUGGUAGCAUUCGUGAAUAAGAAGAAGCUACAUCCAAUCGUGUCGCGCACUGUUCAAGGUCUGGAUAAUCUAGACGGCAUCAAUACACUAUUCGAGGAUAUGAAAAAUGGAACACAGUUUGGGAAACUUGUAGUAGAAAUCAGUACUUUAGAAAUAGAUAGUAAGCUAUAA